AUGUUGGUGUUCAUGUCAUUUUCUUCGCCUGUUCUGAGUCGCCGCUUUCGCACCUCGGGAACCUGCGUCUGUUACGAUUCCCUGGUAGUUGACAGCAAAGCGUUUAAGCGAUAUGGUGUCUUGUUCCCUACUGAUGAAGCGCUACUGCUCUCCGGGUGGGUACCCGUACGCUCCGCGACCAACUUCCAGCUAUCGAAGAGUCAAGGAUUUAAAACGAGAGCCAAAGGCGAAGGCGCAGCUCAGCAAUCCACAAUGAGUCUCUGGAGGUACGCAGUGCAGCAGACAUUAGCACGCCCGUACAGCUACAAGACUAACACUGGCUGGUACAGCUCCUACCGCUCCCUCACCCCCAAGACGCGGGCCCUCUUUGGCGUCGGCCUCAUGGCCUGGGCAUCUCUCGGGCUGUGGUUCUCGCCGCAGAUCGAAAACGCGAUGGGGAUGGUUCCCAGCGCCGAAGAAAAAGAGGAGCUGGAGAGGAAAUUGGCGCUUCGGGUGUCGCGCGUUGAGAAGGGGAAUUAG